AUGUCGGAACUUCGCCAGCGACAGCCUGCAACGUCUGCAGGAUCUAAUCGGAAUGCGGAAUCAAAGACACAGCGCAGACAGGAGCGUCGUGCCGACGCGGAAGAAAGCCACGGCAUCAGCACCCUCGACAUCAUCCGCAUUAUAGCCACACUGAUCCUCGCAUCAUGCGGUCUCUCCUACUACAUCACGAACUCUGAGUCCCUACUUUGGGGCUACAGGCCCUGGUUCACUCGUUGGCCCGUCGUGAAAACCUACUUGACCGGCCCAAUUAACCUGACGCCCUCCGAACUCUCCCUCUACAAUGGCUCCGACCCAAAUCUGCCCAUCUACCUCGCCGUCAACGGCUCCAUCUUCGACGUCUCCGCGAAUCCAGCUAUCUACGGACCCGGCGGGAGCUACAAUUUCUUCACCGGGCGCGACGCAACCCGCGCCUUCGUGACGGGCUGUUUCAAGGACGACUUGACGGCGGAUCUCAUCGGUGCCGAGGAAAUGUUCGUCCCUGUGGAGGAUGUUGAGCAGGAGGGUAUUACGAAUGCGCAGAGGAAGAUUCGACGGGAGAAGGAGGUGCGUCUUGCUCGGACUGCGGUUGAGAAAACGGUUGAUCGGUGGGAGGGGUUCUUCCGGAAUCAUAAGAAAUAUUUCCAGGUUGGGAGGGUGUUGGAUGAUGGGGUUGUUGAUGCGGAGAAGGGGAAGAGGGUGCUGUGUGAGAGUGCGAGGACGCAGAGGCCGAAGCGGAGUGAGAUGAAGGAACAGUCGUAG